UCAGCUUCCCCCGGCCAGAUUGGCUGCUGGAGCCACGGCUGCAGGACGCGCUAUAAGGUGGUUGAUGUUGCUCUGGGUCAUCGCAGGAACCAACCAGCCCUUCGCUCUUUCCUCUGCUCCCUGGCGCCACGGCUGCCCUGGGGUCACCAUGAGGCGUAUCAUCUGGCUGCUGUUUCUACCAGGCUUCCUGUGUCAAUGUGACCCACCUGUCGAGGUCCCCGAGUCCCUGAUCGCUUGGACGGGGGCCUGUCUGUCCAUCCCGUGCCGCUAUAAAUCAUGUGUCGUGAACUCCAUAAAGACAAAGAAAUUGAUCAUCAGCUCCCUGACCUGGUACCUGAACCCUGUGUAUGACUUUGAGAAGAAAGAUUUUAGUGGCACCGUCCUGUAUAAACACAACGUCGCCAUCAGCCCGGCCUUUGCAGGGCAUGUGAGGUUCCUGGGGGACCUGGAGAGAGAUUGCAGCCUACAGCUGUCUGACCUGCGGGCCAGCGAGAACGGCUCAUACGGGCUGAGACUGGUCAUCUCGAACCCUAGGAAACAGGAGGAGGAGAAGAAGUGGAUGACUAAGAUCAGUGUGAACGUGAUGGCUUCACCUCCAGCUCCUCAAAUCAAAGCACCCAGCGAGCUCAGGGAGUCAAUCCCGGCCCAGGCAGUUUGCUCCAUAGCCUAUUAUUGUCCUGACUAUCCCAUAACCCUGACGUGGGUCGGUUUGGGGCAUAGGACCUCUGAGCCCACCACAAGGACGGGCAGUGGAAGGACCGAGAACACACUGACUUUCACGCCCACCUGGCAGGACCAUGGGACAAAUGUAACCUGCCGGCUCAACACCCGGGCUGGGACACCGAGCUCUGACAGCAGUGUGGUGCUGGACGUGAAAUAUGCCCCUAAGGGAGUCCAGGUGAAAGCGACACCUGGAGAGAUCAUCCGAGAGAGGGACAGACUCAUGCUGAUGUGCAUAACCAAGGGCAGCAACCCCCCCGUCUCCACAUAUAACUGGUAUAAGGACUCACAGCGGCUGCACCAGGGGCAGGAACAGAGGCUGGAGUUUGAAGCCAAGGGGGACGAGCAUUCCGGUUCCUAUGUCUGUGAAGCCGUCAAUGAAAUAAGCGCAAUCCGAUCCCCAACGCUGCAAAUAGACAUCCAGUAUGCCCCAAAGGACGUGCAUGUUGAACUGGUGACAGGCUCUCAGAUCCAGGAAGGGAACACGGUUGUGCUCAGCUGCUCCUGCAGGGCUCAUCCGCCCAUCAGCAGCUACACAUGGUACAGAAACGGGCAGCACAUCCCAGCACAAACCCAGCAGGAGCUUCGCUUCGACAAGAUCCAUGCCAACCAGUCCGGUUCCUACCACUGCAAGCCUCAGAACAGAGUCGGGAUGUCGGAGUCGCCGGCCAUUACAGUCGACGUACAGUAUCCCCCCAAGGAGGUACGAAUCACCCUCCAAAACCCCCAGCGCAUCCGGGAAGGCGAUGCUGUGAUGUUCAAUUGCUUUGUGGGCAGCAGUAACCCCCCGGUGACCAAAUAUACGUGGUACAAGGAUGACACCCAUUAUCAGGAGACCCAGGAGAGCGUCCUGACCUUCCCUGCCACAAAGGAGCGGUCCGGUAGCUACAGCUGUGAGGCUCAGAACGCGAUCGGCUAUAGACAGUCUCCGCCUGUCUCAGUGGAUGUGCAGUAUGUUCGUGGGACGCCGGCCGGGAAACCCAGCAGCCAGGAGGGAUUGCAGGCCAGCGACCCCUGGCUUCAGGAGGCAUCACCAGACGCCGUCUCCGCCCAGGGACAGGAGCCGUGCGGGGAUUGCUACCAGAUCCAGACGCCCGUCAUCGUCGGCCUGGUGAUCGGAGACCUCAUCUUCACCCUGGUCCUCAUCGUCGUGGUGUAUCACUGCACCAAACGCUGCGGCAAACCCACGGACAACAGCGAAGACCAGAAGGUUUAUAUGAACAUGCCUGGAAGAGUCAACUGACCCUCCUCCCCCACCAAGUACCUUGCUGAUCCCACUACUGACGCCAUCCCUGCCACCGGGGGAGAGACAUUCUCUGCAGAUACCAGCACUUCCUUGCCCCAACACAUGGGACAUGGGGCCUUUCCCCUCUGGGGGUGCUGGCUCCAAUCCAGUCCCAGGUCGGGGGACUGGCUGGCUUGGCGCCAGGGGAGGGGUUGAGAAAUGGGACACGGGGGCUUUCCCCUCUAGGGGGUGCCAGCUUGGGGGGGGCUGAUGUGGUCAGGGAUUUGGGGUGCAGUCAGGUGGACUCUUGGCUCCCCAGUGUCCCCUGCUGUUUGGUGACAGAAUCACAUGCCUUAGCCCCAGUUUGGGUGUAGCCUGGGGUUCCCAGUUUCAUGGCCAAUCCCAAGGGCUUUCCCCAGUUUGGGGAUGAAUGUAAAGGCAGUUGAUUUGGGGGGCUCACAUUCCCCUUUUGGGGGGUUGUAGUUUGGGGGGGGAUUGAGCCCUGGAGGGAGGACUCUGGAACCAGCUCAGGGGGUGCAGAAUUUAGCUCCAUUUCAAGCAGGGGACGGGCUGGAUCGGUGGGGGAAACAUCCUGAUUGCCAGAGGGACCCCCCAGAUCUGUGUGGGGGCUCACGUUGGGAGGGGCAAUGAAAGGGAGCCAGUGAACUCCUGGGCUAACGCUAAGGGAGGGUCAACUUUUGGGGGUGCUACCCAGCCACCCUCAGGGAUGGCAGGAAACAGAAGACACCCACCUCUGCCCCCACCCGACCCCCAUCAGCCCCAAGCGUCAAAGGAUUUGGAGCUAUAAGCCGCCUCACUGCUUCUCUUCAGCUUUCCCAUUAAAACAAAUGGGGCCUGUUUA